AGGCAGAUCAGAGGAGAUUUCAUUGUCCCCAGCUUGUGCCGGAGUGAGAUCAAUCCUCUUUGAUUGACAGCGCUGCCAUGACAACCGGCGCAUCAGCUCCGGGUGUCCAAUGAGGAGUCAACUCCGGGUCCCUCUUUGACUCUCAGGUGAACUAAACUGUCAGACUUCAGCUUGAUUCCGUCAGUCGGUCCUCUGGCUUCGCUCGGACAUGGUUUUCAGGUCUCCGCUCGACUUUUUUUCGGCCUCCCGGCUUCUCCUGCCGCACUUUGCGGACGUCCCCGGUGCCCUGCCCCGGUCCCGGUCCCCGGAGAACCCUCCUCCUCCUCCUCCCCCCGCGGCCUGCCCCCCCCUGGCCCUGCCGGGACUCUGCUUCUCCGCCACGCAGAUCGCCAGCGUGUGCGAGACUCUGGAGGAGACCGGGGACAUCGAGCGGCUGGCCCGCUUCCUGUGGUCGCUGCCGGUGACCGCGGACGGCCGGGACUCCAUCUCCGAGCACGAGUCGGUGCAGCGGGCCCGCGCCGUGGUGGCCUUCCACACGGGCAGCUUCCGAGAGCUGUACCGCAUCCUGGAGACGCACCGCUUUACGCGCCAGUCCCACAGCAAGCUGCAGGCGAUGUGGCUGGAGGCUCAUUACCGGGAAGCGGAGAAGCUCAGGGGGAGGCCCCUGGGACCCGUGGACAAGUACCGGGUCCGCAAGAAGUUCCCGCUGCCGAGGACUAUAUGGGACGGGGAGCAGAAGACGCACUGCUUCAAGGAGCGCACCCGGGGACUGCUGAGAGAGUGGUACCUGCAGGACCCAUACCCGAACCCGGGCAAGAAGAGAGAGCUGGCAAACGCCACCGGACUCACGCCCACUCAAGUCGGGAACUGGUUUAAAAACCGGAGACAGAGAGACCGUGCAGCCGCAGCCAAAAACAGGUUGCAGCACCACCGCAUCUGUGCAGACAGCGCCCGUGCACUUGGCAGAGGAGGCUGCAGUCCAGAUGGCAGCGCGGAGCGCGCAGACGGGGAAACUUUCCUCUCAGUAACGGACAGUGACUCAGACUUGGAUGUCUGAAACUUUUAGCGGAUUAUAUGGGCCUUUUGGGCGCCCUGUGGAGGUCCGUCGGCGUUUAAUUGUGAAAAGGACAUGUUAUGUAGGACAAAAGAAAAAAAAUCUGGCCAGGAUACCAUCUUUAUUUUAAACCACUCCAACACACCGAUAAUAUAAAUGCGGAUUACAUGAAGGUAUGAACCUUUUUCCUUUUGUUUUAUGACAACACAAUGGUUUUUGUCUACUCCUUACUUGUUUUUUCUACUUUUCUGGCGCUGCAAGUGCAGGUCUGGAGUUUUAACCAUUAUUUUCAUGUUUAAUCCCACUGGUUUGAAAUGUUGCCUCUUGACCCAGCCUACAUCAUCAACCUAAUUAGACGGACAUCAAUCUGAAUCCUGGCCUUCAACCCCGGGAACCCCACAGAGCAAGACCUUUACAGACUGAAACCUGGCAAAGAGCCAAUCACUCUUAUUUUCUUAAGCCACCUUUUUUUACUUUCAUUUCUUUUAUUAUCCAAUAAAACUAGUUGUUCCUUUAGAGGCCCCUGGGGGCCCCUUGGAUGUAUACUGCUGUAGACAAUCAGUUCCACCAAUUCUACCUCCCUGCCUGUUUGUAUGUUUAACAUGUUUGUUUCUCUUUGCCUUCAUCACAGUUUUAUUUAAAGUUCACUGUGCAGUGAUGUCAUCUCCCAUGUUCAAGUGCUGAAUAAAUGUUUUGGUAUUUUAUAUGAAU